AUGCCCCAACGUUAUGUGAAGAUGAAGGGGGUUGAUCGAGGACGCUGGCCCUCGAGUUCGCCGUUGAGGCGGUCCUGCUCGACUCGAAAGCUUUCGUCUCUCUCUCGCCGUCCUUCCCCGACGUCUCUUGGCUCCUUUUGUUCGUCUGAUUCGCCGACCUGUGCCUUUCGUCUGCAUUCGUCCGUCUCGCGUUUCCUUCUUUUCGCGCUGCUCCUGCUGACUCCGGUGGCGAACGAAGCCAUCAAAUUCGGUGUCCACGACAGACACCUGCACGCCGAGCCUGAAGGAAACUGGAACCAAACCUACAAGCGGAGGCGUGCGCGUGCGCCUGUGGAUUCCUUUUCCGACUCGCGAGUCGCUCGAUCAAAUCUCAACCUGCCUGUUGCCGAUUCCGAACAGGCUGCUUCCUCGUCUUUGGCGGCUGCUGACGCCGCGCACAUCGAAGCCGGGUUGGUGGCUCUGUCUCGCACACAGUCCAGAGGCCUCUGGAAACCGGAAGUGAGCGCGGAAGUCCCUGAAACCGACACGGGAGACUCUCGCGGAAGCGACGAAGAGACAGAACGCCCGGACAGCCAGUCCCCGUUGUCUUCAUCUCUGCCUUUUGCCUCUUCUCUUCGCUCGUCUUCCGUCUCUCCUGCUUCCUCUUCCUCGCUUGUCUCGUUCUCGUUUCCCAACCCGGCGCGUCCGUCAGACUGGCUGAUGCACGCGGUGCCAGCAGCCUUUACAGAGAAGCAGAAAGGUGGAGGUGUACCCUCUGGCGACGGGACAGAUGGAAAGGCAGACGACAAAGCGCUCGCGUUUCUCGGCUCAGCGGCCUCAGCCUCCGAGUUGAAUCCUCCGCGCCUCGUUCGCCCGACUUCCUCGCCCUCUUUGCCGUCGCGCGAGGAGCAAGUGCGAAAGGCGUACGCGCUGCCUCUGUGCGAGAUGUCCUGGGAUGUCCUUGGACCCAUGCUGGGAGCCGGGACGUUCGGGCGCGUGUUUCCGCUCAAGCAGCCUGCAUGUACCGCCGUGACGAAGGACUUUGUCGGGCGAAAAUUCGCAGUCAAAGUCUUCUGGCUGAAACGAAAAGGCCUGAUAAACCUCUUCGAGACGAUCGACGAGGGCGCAAAACCCUCCGCCGAACACACCGACCCCGACACGAUUACAGCAAUCAAAUCCGAGAUCAGAUCUCUCCCCAUCUCGAGUCCGUCGUUCCAGGACAUGAUUCGACUAGCGGAUCCGAAACUGGACCUGGAACAGAUUAAAGCCUUUGGCGAAUCGCUGACUGUGGAGACCGUUCUGAAGGAGGCCAAGGCACUCCGCACGGUUAUCAACACGAACUGCUUCUACACGGAAGUGGGGGAAACAGGCACGAUCUUCAUCCAAAUGGAAAAGUUCAUUAAGGCCCACCGCGCAAGUGUAUGGACGACUCUGGCGAAGGCGACGCAGGAAGCGCAGGCGUCGAAGUAUGCAGAAAUCGGUCUCGAAGAGAAUCACUGGAGUCUCCCUCUGGCGCGUGUGAUCGUCAAGGACAAAAAGGGCGUGAAUCACUGGGCGCUCCUCAUUGAACUUUUUGACGGCGAUCUUCAGCCCAAGGUCGACAAGACGGGAUACGCGCUGGACGGCUGGAACGCAAAGGCUGCGGGCAACGUGCCUUUGCGCGAGAUCUUUUCCUCUCGCGAGGCGCUUCUCGGCCUCACCUCCAAACUCGUGAAGCCUUUCGUGGUGAUGCAGAACCUGUACAGCCUCGGCCACUUUGACAUCAAACCCCCGAACCUUCUGUACAAAUACUUUCCAGCAGCGAACGGGCGUCCUGCGCGGUUGUCUGUGGCGGCGGGAGACUUCGGCAUGGCCGGACUGCUGCACAGCGAGAUGGUGUUGCGAGGCACUCUCGCCUUCAUGGCCCCCGAGAUGGAGCGCGUCUCUGGCGGCUUAGUCGCGCGGCCGAGUUUCGACGUGUACGCGCUCGCCCUCACGCUCGCGUUCUUCUGGACCGCGUCCACGGAACUCCGCAAUCACUUGCCCUGGGUGAACAAGUGCAUCAAGCCGACCUUGAAGAGUGGUACAGAAUUCACCUUCCAGCGGCUGGCCAGCAAGAGCGGCCCGCGGAUCUUCGAACCCGACACGAUCUACGCACUCGCGACCUGCUUCGCCGUGGGAGGGAAAGUCGAGAAGCUGUACCACACCGGAAUGCCCCUCCUCCUGCGACUGAAACUCAGCCAGAUGGCCGAUCCUGAACCGGCCGCGCGCGUCAGCAUGCGCCACGCGAGAUUCGUGUUCAAAGCGUUCACGAUGCUCGACAAGCUCCUGCGGGACGUCCCGUCCAGCGCAAAUGCGGAGAGGCGCGAAAAUCAACUCAAGCAACUUCAAGAACUUCAUAUCGUCCAGUUUCUGUUGUUGUACCUUCGCCUGGAACCUCUCACCGCCGCGCGAGACAACACCCAGAGCUACUGGCGUUUAGCCCGUGCGUUGCUCGACUUCGCACGUUUGGAGCCCAUUGACACAGCGGCCACGGAGGCCGUCGCGCCGCUCCCUUUCGAGGUUUUUGCGAAGGAGAAAGACUGGAAAGAGUUGAAAAUCGAGGUGUCGGAUGACGAGGUCGACUCAACGAUUCGAAAACUGCGCGAUUCGCUCACCGGAAACAGAUCCACGUCGGAAGAAGCCUGGGCCGACUUAGUCGACAUCGCCUUUGGCGUGUCUCUCGAAGGCUUGCGCACUCUCGUCACCCGAGUCGUCUACUCGAGGAAAACUUUCCUAGUGGAACAGAAGAUCGCAAAGGCAGUGAAGGGAGCGAUCGAGGCAAUCUACAGAUUCGAUUCGAACACGCAACUGAUCGCAGAAGACCCGCCGGCCCGCAUCUUCGAUCUGGUCCGAGCCGAGCUUGGAUUUUCUCCCCCCGAAGACAGCGAGAUGGGAAGGUUCAUUACUCACAGGACUACAAAGAGCUUCAUAGCGUGGGCGACUGUGGACCGUCUCGCGCGCCAGGCGCUGCGCGUGGCGCUGAAGCGGCACGGGAAAGACACGCAGCAAGUCUACGAGCAGUUUCUCGCGGGAGAAAAGCCUCGUGCGGCAAACGCGCAGGCGUUCUACAACGCGGUUUUUUCCUCACUCGAAGACGUUUCGCAAGCCAACUACUUUGGACUGCCUUGGGACUUCGCCACUCCCAGCGUCUUUGGCCUCUCUGCCGAGGAAAUGCAAGACUACGUUCGCAACACGCAUCUCACCUACGUCGCCAAAAUGUCGUUGCGAAGCGCCCUGCGUCUCGUCGCCUUUUUUCUCGUCUUUUGCGUCUGCGCUGCAGAGAGGAAAGUUUCGAAAUCACCAUUUGCCGUUUUUUGUUCUCUGACGCACGAGGGUUGCGCCCCUGGUGCGUUUUGA